AUGAAUGGUUGUAUGGGCAUUGGAAGAAAGGAGUCGAUAAACGUUAUAUUGAUUCUUAUAUAUACUUAUAUCUAUCUAGCUAGCGCUGUCAAAUUAUAUCUAUCUAUCUAUGAAGCACAAUCAAUUCAUUAUCUAUCACAGUAUUUUCAUAUCUAUCUAUCUAUCUAUCUAUCUAUCUAUCUAUCUAUGAAGCACAGACAAUUCAUUAUCUUUCACAGUAUUUUCAUAUCUAUCUAUCCAUAUAUCUAUCUAUCUAUCUAUCUAUCUAUCUAUCUCACUAGGACAGACAAAUUAUAUCUAUCUAUCUAUCUAUCUAUCUAUCUAUCUAUCUAUCUAUCUAUCUAUCUAUCUAUCUCACACAGUCAAAUUAUAUCUAUCUAUCUCACUAUCUUUCUAUCUAUCUAUGAAGCACAGUCACUUCAUUAUCUAUCUCAGUAUUUUCAUACCUAUCUACGAAUGUAUAUAUCUCAAUAUUUUCAUAUCUAUCUAGCCAGGACAGACAAAUUAUAUCUAUCUAUCUAUCUAUCUAUCUAUCUAUCUAUCUAUCUAUCUAUCUAUCUAUCUAUCUAUCUCUCUUCUGUCUAA